GCCGCGCCCACGCGCGGGGAGCUCCGGGGUCGGCAGCGCGGCGCGAUCCGCAGCGCUGGGCACGCGGCUUUGCACCCGCAGGCCGCUGGUCCGCCGGUCCAUCUCGGCCGUGCGGCUUUUCCUCGUGGUGCGUGACACGAGUGGGUUCGCAGCCCCUCCGCGCCCCGCUCCCGGGAUGAGGGCGCUACCCCCAUCCCUUGGCAGCGUUCCGACCGCGCAGCCCUGCUCUCAGCACGGGGGAGGUCGCAGAACCCCGUGCAGCUGAGCCUCGAGCCCGGAGUGGGGCUUCCCCAACCCGCGUCCCGCUGCCCCCACCGCUGUGGCACACCGCGGUCACAAACUCCCGGCUCUCAGCACCGACACAGCCGCCGCCGAGCCGAGCCCCGCUGGCCCCGGGGAGCGGCCGUGACUCAGGGACUCCUCCGCCCUGAGGUGGAGCUGACAGAACGGAGCGGACUUUUCUGUCCGUGAAUCGCCGCUUUCAGGCUUUCAGACGUCCGAAUUAUCGGCCUCUGCAACUCCGUGUGGGAGCAGCCACCUGCUGCGUCGCAGCCGGGAAGCGUCCCACGGAGAGACUCGCUGCGCCUUACGGAUAGCAGCGGGGCUGGCACCGACGGAGUCCCGGGGACCGAGGCGGAAGGGAAGCGGGAACGGAGCACCCACACGGGGCACACGGGGCACACCGGGCACCGCGGCCUGCCCGACGGGGAUCCGCCCUCGGUGAGAAAGCGGAGAGAAACCGGUCCGUCGGGUGGCGACCGCUUCCCUGCACCGGGCCGUGCCCAGGUUCCGCCGAGGGCAGGGAACGGCCCGCCGGGUUCCGGCGACCGCGGUCCCGGAGCUGGGCAGACACCGCCCCUACCCGCCCCCGGGCGGUGCCCGGUGCCGGCCCGCCCCGUUGGCGAGCGGCGGGCGCGGGGAGCCAGGCGGUGGCAGAACUCCUGGUCACGCCAUGCUGCCCGCCGCCCUUCGGAGAUGGCUGCAUCGGCCCAAGCGCUCCGACCCCCGGCUGCUCUCGCAGUUCUUCUUUGCCGAUGAGCGGGUGACACGGGUGGUGGCCGAGAUCAAUGGGCUGGAUGCUGAGCUGGACCCGCAGCAGUACCUGGUGCUCCUCAACCAGCUUCACCUCAGCCAGGCUCAGCUGCUGGCCGUCAUUGAGCGCAUCAUGGAGGAGUGCAUCCCCACGCAGAGGCACAGCCGUGAUUACCUUGUCAAGUUCCCUGAGGAGCUCUUGGUGGACAACCUGGGCAACCACAUGUUGUUUGCUGCCGAGUGUCUUCUGGCAGGGACCUUCCUUGAAGUGGAGGAGGCGGAUGGGGCACAGCUGAGGCCGCGUGCCAGGAACCUGCUGUGCAGCCUGGAGCUGGUGCGGGCACUGCUGCGGGAGCAGAGCCUGAGCCAUCCAGGCACCUACCCUGAGCCCGUGCGGGCUGCACUCAUCCAGUUUGACCGCCUGUUUGCCGAGUUCGAGCUCAGCUACGUGUCCUCGCUGGUGGCAGUGAAAUCCCCUGAUGAGAUCUACAGGCAGCAGGAGAUCAUUGUGCUCUUCUGUGAGACGGUGGAGAGAGCCCUGCGCUUGGGCUACCUGACCCAGGAGAUGAUUGAUGGCUACGAACCACUGCUGAUGUUCACCAUCCCUCGCCUGGCCAUAAUCAGUGGUCUCCUCAUCUACCCUGAGGGUCCCCUCAGCCUGGAGCGCGGCCCUGAACAGAUGUCACGGGUGUUCAGCCCCUUCUACAACCUGCUGACAAAGAUCAGGGAUCUGCUGUGGGUGCUGUCAGCAGAGGAGCUGUGCCUGCUGGAGAGGAGCCUUUGUGCAGCUGAAGCAGAGGAUCCCUGCAGCUCAGUCACCCCACAAACAUGGGGGGAAGCAGUGCCUAGAAUAACACCCCCUACUCCAUGGGGUCUCCUGGAGAGUCCCCACACCACCCCUGUACACCACAGUUUUAUGGGGAGGUUGGGUGCAGUGGACAACCCAUGCACAGAGAGCCCCCAGCACCCCCCGGGGCCAUGGCUGGAGGCCACACUGGGUUCCCGCUGCUUGGAGCUGCGCUCCCACUACAGCAGCAGUAAGGACAUGCUGCACACCCUGUUCGUCUGCAUCUCUGGGGUGGCUGAUCAGCUCCAGACCAACUUUGCCAGUGAUCUGCGCAGCAUCCUGAAAACCGUCUUCAAGAUCGUGGCCUCACCAGCAGAAACCUCAGAAGAGACAGGCGGCGGUAAGGACGAGGAUGGUGACCUGUGUGCAGGUGAUGCGCCCCACGUGGCUGACUGUCCCCUGUGCCCCAGCCCCAGAGAUGCUACGGGGAUCCAGAGGGCAGCAGGAGCGCACAGACGGCCCGAGUGGGUGCCGGACAGCAGCUGCAGCCACUGCUCUGCCUGCCGCGCUCCCUUCACCCUGCUGCGCCGCCGCCACCACUGCCGCAGUUGUGGGAAGAUCUUCUGCGCCCGCUGCUCGCCGCACACCGCUGCGCUGCCACACUACGGCCAGCCCAGACCUGUGCGUGUCUGCACGCACUGCCACGCCACGCACCUCCCGUCCUGGCGUACCCGCACCCGCUGAGGAGCCCUGGCUGCGGGACGUGGCUAUGGGGCUGCUGGGCAGACCCUGUACCCGUCGGGCCAGGUGGGCGCAGGACCGCUCACCCCUCGCCCGCAGAGCCUGGCGCUGCUCCAUCCCCGGAGCUGGAAACGUGCCUUGUUGCGGUUUUGCUUCGUUGUGUUUUUUGCAGGUGAACUUUGGCUGCUGUCGGGUCCAGGGCAGAGUCUCUCCCCCCCGGGAACCGUCAUGAGAAGGGCGCAAACAGCCCUCACGUGACGACACUGCCCGGGGGCCGACGUGGGCCGGGCCCGUGGGGGGGCUCCAACACCGGGGGGAUCUUAAUAAAGAGAUGGAACUGCCGUACGGGCAAAGGCUGAGCGCUACGCCGGGGUGGGUGGGAGCUCACGCAGCGCGGCAGCAGAGGUGCGCGUGGCCUGCGGGUGCAGCCAGGGGCGCACACCGCGCACGAAGGUGCACGGCUGUGCCUGCCGCCCCGCGCGCCCACGUGCA